AUGAGAGUUUGCCUGUGUCGACACCAGGCACGUAGCAUCCUAUUCGCUUGUGCAAAAGAUGCGCGUGUGUGUGGCGAUUGUUUGUAUACAGAAGCGCGUGUAGGCGCGGCGCUGGUCGGUGACUCCGGCGAUAACCUUCGAAUCGAUGUCAGAGCACACAUCGAGUCGCCGAACGGUAUCCUAUACGACGACGCGGACGGGGCCGAUCAACUAACACGACGACAUAAAUCUUCAUUGGAACAUCUUCAUUUGCCUAAGAAUGCGAAUUUUAGACCGAUUAUAUUACUCAUAUAUGGAAGUAAAAAAACUUUCGUGAACUUC